CGCCGCGCGGCGCCGCCGCCAUGGCGGGCCCGGCGCCGGAACUGGGCCGCGCGGUAACCCCGGCAACGGCGCCGUCUGCCCGCCGCCGCCAUGGCGGAGCCGCAGGGCCGGCCGGUUUCUACAUUGCCAGUGGCUAGACAACCUCCAAAAACCCAUCCUAAGAAAGUGCCAGAGUUACCCGUCCUAGAGAGGAGAAACUGGUACAUCUAUCUGCUCUAUGUUCGCAGAGACUACGACGAGUGUAAGGCUGUCAUCAAAGAGCAGCUCCAGGAGUCUCAUGGAAGGUGUGAAUAUGCUGUCUACGUUCAAGCUUUGAUAUUUCGCUUGGAGGGGAAAAUUCAAGAAUCUCUUGAACUCUUUCAGACAUGUUCCAUUCUGAACCCUCGAAGUGCUGACAACCUCAAGCAGGUGGCACGAUCGCUGUUUCUUUUGGGGAAACACAAGGCAGCCAUUGAAGUGUACAACGAAGCAGCUAAACUCGAUGAAAAGGACUGGGAGAUCAGCCACAACCUGGGGGUGUGCUACAUGUACCUGAAACAUUUCAACAAGGCACGAGACCAGCUAAACAAUGCCCUGGAGCUCAACAGACAUGAUCUGACUUACAAGAUGCUGGGAAAAAUUCACCUCUUGGAGGGGGAGACUGAUAAAGCCAUUGAAGUCUAUAAGAAAGCCAUAGAGUUCUCUCCAGAAAAUACAGACCUCCUUACAAAACUGGGGUUAAUUUAUUUGCAGCUUGGGGAUUACCAGAAGGCUUUUGAACACCUUGGAAAGGCACUUACUUACGACCAAGGCAACUACAAGGCCACCUUGGCGGCUGGCAGCCUGAUGCAGACCCAUGGAGACUUUGAUGUUGCCCUCUCCAAAUACAGGGUGGUGGCCAGCACUGUGCCUGAAAGCCCCCCGCUGUGGAACAAUAUUGGGAUGUGCUUCUUCGGCAAGAAGAAAUAUGUUGCAGCUAUCAGCUGCUUGAAGCGGGCAAACUACCUGGCUCCCUUUGACUGGAAGAUCCUGUACAACUUGGGCUUAGUCCACCUGACGAUGCAGCAGUAUGCGUCGGCUUUUCACUUCCUCAGUGCUGCCAUCAACUUCCAGCCCAAGAUGGGAGAGCUGUACAUGCUCCUCGCAGUUGCUCUGACAAACCUCGAAGACAUUGAGAAUGCAAAACGUUCCUAUGAGCAAGCUGUGGCAUUGGACAAGUGCAAUCCCCUCGUCAACCUGAACUAUGCUGUCCUGCUGUAUAACCAGGGGGACAAGAAGGGAGCCCUCUGCCAGUACCAGGAGAUGGAGAAGAAGGUCAAUGCAGUGAAGGAGAGCAGCACUCUUGACUUUGACCCUGAGAUGGUGGAGGUUGCCCAGAAGAUGGGAGCUGCCCUGCAGGUUGGGGAGAGCCUGCUCUGGACUAAGCCUGCUAAAGAGUCUAAAUCCAAGCAGCGAGCUGCUCCAUCAGGGAAAUCAUCCAGUACUCAGCAGCCCUUGGGCUCUAACCAGGCCCUGGGUCAAGCCAUGUCCUCAGCUGCUGGGUAUGGAAGAAGCAUGCAGCUUCCACCAGGUGCUGGCGCAUCAGCUCCACUUGCAAAGCCUCCCUCGCUGCCCCUGGAACCAGAACUGGGCUCAGAACCGGGCCCUGAGGAGACCGCAGCACCAACAGAGGCCGAGGAACAACGGAAAGAGAAGCGCAAGAGCCGGCAGGCAGCGGACUAGAACGGACUCUGGUUGGCAUGGGCAGGUGUGGGGACAUCUCCAGCGCUGCCUGCUGACCUGUGGGGAAGGGGACCUGCCCUCUCCCCUGACCCACAGUGGCUUCACCCCACCGUCAGUUAGUCUAAAUGCAGUUGUUUUUGGUUAAUGUCUUUAGCACAUGCUCUCUGCCUUGUCCCAAGGAGUAGUUGCAGCGGUCAGAAGUGGUUCCCAUGUAGCUACUGUUAGCGUGGUCGCACCUUACUGCAAGAGACCGGAGGAUGGAGACCCGAUGGGGUUGGAUGUCUUCAGUGUUCAUCUCUAAGUCCUCCAGAAGAGCGCUGAGGCAUCCAGUAAGUUUAGAAAAGCCAGCAGUAGUGACUUAGCAUCCUGGAAAACGAGAACCCAAAGAGGAUCAACCCCUUCUGGUGGCUGAACUUGUAAGCUGAGGAAGCCCUGCACAAGCUGUAGUAAGGUCAGUGGUAGUGCACUCGGAGAAGGGGUGAAGGAAAAACACCAGGGUGAUUACAGAGCUGUGAGCCCGGGGUGGGUCUGGCACAGCCUGGAUCCUGGCAGGGAUGUGCUCGUCACUCCAGUUUCUCGAAGGCAAGACUUCCUAAAUGCUUUCUCAAGGCUGGGCCAAGGAGGUUGCUCAGGCAGGGAGCUGAGCUGGGAGGUCUCAUUCCUUGGCAGGGCCAUGUCGUGGCCAUGGAGUACACGAGCACACCCUUUCUGUAGUGGUGACAGCUGCGUGGCAACUGAGCUGUUUGGUCUUGAGGCAAUCGUUCUGUUAACGUUGCAGCCUGGUGGCAGCACGUGAGUCGGCCAGCCAGCUGAGCCACCUCCUUUAGGACUGUGGUCACACUCUGAUGCCAAGAUCACUCUGUGUAUUUCUUGAAUCCAACAGGAGAAAAUCUAUUUUAAAGCAUGUGUGGUAGCUAACAACCACCAAAGAAAACUGCAGAGCUGGGUGAGAGCAAGGUAGGUGCUCAGGGGCCAGCUAUUCUGGAAGCAGGCUAGCUGCAGCAGCACAAAAGUCUGCCAGAACCAAAUUCCUAAUUGUUUGCCGAGAAACAGGGUGAAUGAGCCUCAGUGAAGCUCUGUGCUCAUGUGAUUGGAGUUCGUCCUUUAGAAUUAGUGUUGCCCAGCAUGGGGGAAAAGAUUGGUUUGCAGGAAAGAAAGAUCCUUUCAGAAAAGGCUUGCCAUGGUCAGCUUCAACACUAAAUUUAAAUUGUUUUAGUAUGACAGCAGCUGUGCUCUGAAUAACUCAGUUAUGCCCUCCUUACAGGAGCAUUCAGGAGAAAUCAUUUCUGCUAGGUUCCAGAAGGCAAAGCAGCCUUUUGGUGAGCGGAGCAAGGAAUUUUAAUGCCCAUGUGAUACUUGAGAUGCUUUGAAAAUGUUUUUAUCCUUGAACAGAAAAACCUUAGCCUUCCUUUCUCUGCUCCUGUCAGUUUUUUGCCCCUGGGAUUUAUCCAGAGCUUGAUACAGGUCCUCAAAGCAACUGGUUUGUGGAAUUAAGGCAGGACCAUCAUACUUUACAUACAGAACCAGUAACUGGGUUAAGUACGUCUGUUUUUUUCCUCUCUCUCCCCUCAGUGUGCAGAGAAGUGCACAGAGCUAACGUUGCUGUGGGACUUCUGAUCCGAGUUCUCUAAGCAGAAUGUCUAGCACUUGCCAAAAGCAGCUGAAGCUUCAGGCUCAGCCUAUUUGCUGGUUGGGCUGCUCAGCUUUUUAAAAUACAUUCCUGCUUUUUGUUCUGCACACCACUGCAUUCUGUCGCUCCGUAAUCAACAAGUCCAAUAGGGCAAGGUUAGUAAUGGAAACUUCUCUGUAGCAACUUGUAGCAGCAGCCUGAGGAAGGCUGUGGAUGCUUUAACAGCCUUCAGUGGUGCUUUCUGGUUAGCUGCUAUUAUCCAGAGUGACGUUAAUGCAUCCUUUAGAGUGCAGCUGGGAACUGAAGUGCUAUCCUGCUCCCCAGGGGCCACUAAAAGAGUAGGAACCCUUCACCUUCUCUCUUUUGAUUGCCAAAACCGCCGGCUUAUCUCAAACAUGGCUUUUUCCACCUCUCCUCUAUGGGCUGGUUUUGAAUUGGUGCAGCCCUGGGGUAGCACUGUGGUGAGGUUUUCAUCAUGCUAGGAGCUGAAGAAAUCACAGGUUCUGUUGUGGAGUGCUGGCAAAUUUAAACAAACCAGACAAGAAGCAGCAUAAACCAGGUACAGUGCAGUGAUUUUAUUCACAUUAAACUUUUUACACUGGAAGUUACUGCAGCAUAACUGUAGCUGUGAGGAAGGGGUUAAGAUUGCAGAGCAAAGGUAGGCAGGGUGUGGGAACUCUUUAUCUCACCCCCAGAACUUUAGUUCAUGACAUUUUUUUCCUGUGGCAAUUGCUUGUUGUAAUCAUUUGGUCUUACCAUGAAGGCUCGCAAGCUGUGGAAGUUGCAGUGACCUGAACAGAGCGCUUACAGGCAAGCAAUCACCAGCACUGCUGAUAGCGGAAGGUUUUCCCUCCAGGUGCUUGAUCCCCUUGUUUUCAUGUCACUAGUUGCUUUCCCCUGCCUUCUGCCAGUUGUACGAAGGGUAAGUUAACUUCAGGACUGCAGCAUUAUGAAACCAACUGGCUAUGUGCAACAGCCCUUGGCCCACAGGUGCUGUGGGAACCAGAACUGCCGAGCAAGAAUCUGAGCAGGCUCUUUUCUCACCCAGUCCCACUGGUGCGACCUGUUAGCUUUUGGGCUGCUGGGCUGCUUUUUAGGGUAAUUGUUAUGUGUCACUACUGAGGGGGUGCUGCAUUCGGAGGUGCUGUCAAGGUAGUUAAAAUACACCUGGUAAAAAGCCUACGCAGAUGAUUAACUCUCCUUCUGUGAAAAGAAACGGUAGCACCUUGUUCUUUCCAGAUUUCAGCGAAGCAGAAGGGAGCUUCACAUCUAAGGAAGUGUUUUUAAAUCUGCAAUUACAGUUGGAUAAUAAAUAAAACUGCAGUUCCUCCUCCCAUCUCCUCUCCUCCUCCUGGGUACUGUGAUGAUAGCAUUUGCAUGCUGUAAAUUUGCAGUAUCUUUAUGGAGAGUUUUUUAUGCUAUCUAAUGAUGAGAAUGAGGCUGGACUGUUCUUUCAACCGAAAUUAAGCAAGGGAGUUUUCAGCAGGACUGUACAAAGUCAUUUAGGGAUUUUGGAAAUCACACCUUAUGUUCUAAAACCUGCUUCUGGCAUCAGCUAUAAUUCUAAUUUUCUGUUUUUUCCCCCUGUAAUUGAAAACUUAAGAUGGAAAGUAAUAAUGAGCUUAAUUUCUAGGGAAGCAGAAACCACCUGCUUUAGGACAUUUUGUUUCCCUUUUCAGGAAAAAAAAGUGUUAUAAUUAACCAGGUUAAAUCAAACUGCUUACAAGGUAGACUGCAGCUUGACUUCGUGACAGGAACAAAUCUAGAAGACAGUUAAAAAAUAAAAGCCUGGGCAGCAAGACCUUGUUUCAGCCAGGAAUAAUUAUCUAUCUGUCCAGCAACUUGCAUUAAACCCAAACAACUCUGGUUCUGAGGUCCCCGAGACAACUGGAUGCUGGCUGAUGCACUGUUACCACGUACUCGCUGGGUUCCUGUAUGCCCUCUUGUUUGCCCGGUUGUGGUCACUGACAGACAAUAAUGGCAAGAGCUUGGGUCCUACUCUAACGUCCUGUUCUUGCAAAAAACACCUAAAAUUUAGACUUCCCUGUUGGGAAGUGGCAAAGCCUUUUCUACAGAGGCAGACAAACCUCAGUGCUGAAUGAAGAAAAAUGAGCCUUGUUAAAAUAAUAAGCUCCACACCUAUAUACGCUACAAGAAAGCACAUAAUAUUACAAGUACUUCAUUUGUCAAGACUGGUUUCUGUAACAGAAAACAGCUGUGCUACAAAUAAAGCUGUACCACUCUCUCAAACUAAACUGCACACAAAAAAAAUCAGUGUUUUCUGCAGGGGUUCUUUAUGAAAGAUGCAGGUGAGAUUUGAAUCCAGUUUUAACCAGGCUGCACUGUACAAGGAGCAGCUUUCCUGAGACAUUCACAGGUGAGGUUUUUUCAGGAUUUUGUUGUUGUUGUUUCCUCCACUUGCAUUUUAAUGAGAUUAUUCACCCUUAGCUGCCAGUAUUUGUAUUCUUCAGCUGCUAUGAGCUCAGCAAAGGCUGAUACCAGGUUCAGUUUUCAAAGCGACAGUGAGCCGUUUGGAACCUAUGCCUUUCCUAGCUUCUGGCACAGGAGGGAAUGGCUGUGCAUGCUAUUUCCAACCUGUGUUUGUUCCCCUUGCUGAAAGGACAUCCUACCACAAGAGUCUGGACCAAUAACUCCCUGAGAAUUCAGUCUGGUCAGGGCGUAGGAUCCACCUGAGAUUAUUAUGCAAGAAACUGCUCCAUCUGCUGUGGAACAGAGCUUCAUCUGGCAUCUCUGACCAGACAGGAGAGCAGUCACUCCUGGGUCUACAACAAAGUUUGGCUAAAGAGCUCAACAGACUCAGUGACACUGAGGAAAACAGUCCUGAGGGCUGAGAGCAGACCGGGGGGUAAAGAGAACGCGUUGCAAAUAGGUUUGCUCUGCCUCUUAGCAUCCAAAUUUUAAAAACAAAGAGCAAAGACAAACUUCAGCAUUCCCAUUUCUCUAAUAUCCUCAUUGCUGCCUGAAUGUGGAACGUGAGAUGAUAGUUGUUGUGCCUUCUGUUCUAGCAGGUUUUAACCAAUGAGUCUAUAGACGUAUUUAUUUAUUUCCCCUCCAAAUGAAACUACUACUUUGCUGUGAUCACAGGUUUAAAACCUAACUGUAUGCUUUUACCAAAACACGAAUUGCACUAGAGAACAGCACAGUUAAUAUGGGUUGAAACGUUCACUUUCAAUGCAGAACAUAACAACCCAACUAAUGCUAUAAAAAUGUAAAUUUGGUAUUUACUCCGUUUUUAUACUGUUCUUUCAAAUGUACUCAUCAACUCGAUGAGUUUCCUUACACCAGAAAUAGUAACACACAUGGUGUGACAGGAAUGCUUGCCGGGACUGCUCCAGAACAGAUUGCUCGAGCACGUGUGCCCGCAGCCAGUGCUGGGUACCGGUGCAGGCAACAUAGCUGCUCACUAGUCCACACCAUCAGCUUCUACCUAGCUGCAAGCUCCAGCAAGGAGCACAACAGCACAACGUCUGAAGAGCUUUUGGGGUAACUGCAAUGCUGUAUGUGUCCCUGGACCCUUCUCACAGAAGCUGUCCCCUGGUUUUUAUUUUCACUUCCCAGCGCGUGGCUGCAAAGAUCACCCUGCUGUGGCACAUCUUUCCUGCUGAUUCAGUCCAGGAUUACAGAGUAAGAAAAAAGCCAGCCACCAGUAGCACCAGCAGACUUCACAGCUUAAGAUCUCCUUUUAUUUAUGUUGUUGUUAUUGGUAGGUGGCUACAAAAAGCCACCACCACUGCCUUAGGCUAGCCUGUCUUAAAAUAAAUGUGGUCAGAAAAUACCUGAUGGCAAAGAUGUACACACUGCUGGCAUUGUCCAUUAGUUUCUGGAGGCGGAUCUGUCCCUGCUGCUAUCCAAGCCUGGGAUUCCAGUAGCUGAGAAGUGGAGCUGUGCUCUACAGGAAGCUCUAACCAUAUUCGAGCAGUUGAUGUGGACUUUGCUAGAGACAAGGCAUAAAAGCUAAGGGAGAAAACUUCAACAUCAUUUCUGUAAGAGGAACUCACACAAAAGAGCAAACGUAACCAGAUCUUACUUAGUACAACAGGAGAUAACCAAGAAACACAAAAGUAAAGAAAAUCAAGUAAUUCCUUAGCAGUGCUGUGAAACAUCAAAGAGCAUUUAAACUGGAAAGAGUGGGGUUUGGGAUAGGUUCUUCCUUGGCCAGGCAGCAACCACAUGGCACCAUGGGCACAGUGGAGAAGCAACGUCCCUGCUGGGGGACGUUGAACCUUCCUGAGCUUCACACGCCUCAGCUAACCUGCCACCUGGCCUUCACAAGGCAACGUCAUGGAACAUGUCAGCACAUUUCAUUUGAAGGAAGAUGGGAACCACUGCUUGGUUUUAGUCAAGGGUAAGUUAAGAAAAAAAAAACAAAAAACAAAACCAAAUGGCUGCACUGGCUACAGGCACUCAGAGGUGGAAAUACCAACAUGCACAAGUUCUAUCAGGUGGAGAGCCACUGACUUACUGCCACAGCGAUGAGCUCAUGUAUUGCAUCUUCAGCAAACUAUGUGCGAAUAAACAUUUCCAGGGCAUUUCCAAAGGAAACCCUUCUGCUGGGGAGUAUGAGGCUAGCUGAGGUUUGAGUCAGCCAUCACUGUGGAUUUCAAGGUAUGAGGAGGGCAUGAGAACAGAAAGAGAGGGUAAGGGGGCACUCUCAAGACUGGUUUUGACACUUGGGUAUUAUCGCAACUUUUCUGUUUUUUCAUGGUGAACAGCAGUCUAGAUUUUUAGUAAUCAAGUAGGUAAAUUUGUGAAUAAUCUCUUGCCUACCAAGGACUUUAGGAUUUUACAAGAAAAAACAACCACAUGCAUGCACAGAUCACAGGACCCCUUUCUAAGCAUUAAGUACUCAUAAGAAAACUGGACACAGCCUUUCAGAUGUGCUCCAGCUGUUUUUCAUGGGAAAAAAAAUAAAAAAAACAAAGCCCCAAGAACUAAAAGCAACAGUACUGCAAUGGGGAUAGUAAAAAUAGGGGUAAAAACUGGGGGACAAGUUCCAACCCCCCAGUUGAAAUACCCCCCAGUAUUUCACUAUUUUAUUUUUUUCUGUACAGACUAAAAAACCAGUCUAGUUCCAUUUCUGUUGUUCAGCGAGAUCUGUUCAAGCAGCUUUCCUUUGUAGUCUCUGUUGCUGCUGUGCAGAGGUGUGGGACAAGCAGGGCUUCAGGAGUCUGCAAGCCUUGCUGUAAUUAAGUUUGGGAGGCAGAGGGAAGUUAAGCAGAUCAAAUUCACAGCAUGUGAAACGUGAAGUGCAGACAGGCUGCCAUUCGAUUCAGUUUUAUUAUCAUAUAGAUUGUUUCAAAACUUAAUCAGGGAUACCGAGGGCCUAUCUGAUUAACGGGUCAUGCUUGUUACGAAUUACCCUUGGUAAGUGAAUCUGGUGACCAGGCGAGCUGGCAGCGAGAUGCCUGAUCAAAGCACAUACUCGGGCAGAGCUGCAGCCUCGCCAGGCUCGCAGCACACCAACCGCAGGCCAAAGGCGAGGCAGAAACGCUACCUGCUGAGAAGGAACAGAGCAACAGGAAGAAGUUCAGAGUCAUUGCUUCAUGGUUAGGUUUUUUAGGCCCAGAUGAAUUCUUAAGCAAUAACUGCGUUUUUCAUACUUACUUACAGCAGUUAUUUAUUCAAAUUAGUUUUUAAAAAGAGGCUGAAUUUAAGCCUGUAACAUUCGUUUUAGUGUAAGCAUGCCUUACCCUUGGGACAAGUUCUGAUGGCGCAGUUACCUGAUUUUCAAUGGCCAAAAGACAAUCACAGCCCAACUGGCCUCGUAUCUCAGCAAACGCUUUUGGAAGAGAGAAGGGAAACAGAGCAGCAGGACUAUUGCUCAUGACAGCUUGUGUGUAUUUAGUUUUGUUUCAUUUCCAACCCGAGAAUCCACACAGCUUGGCCCAACGUCAGGAAAGUGGGACCUAUCGUAAGCAAAGGAUUACUUCUCCAGCUGGCAGGAUGCGUGGCCACUGGUGGUCCCAGCGGUGUUGUAGCAGAAGGCUCUGAUCAAAGGUUGCAAAUAACCCCGCUAAUGGCCUCAGACCUUUUAGAUGGCUGAAAGGAGAAAUUUUUUAUUUAUUUUUUCUGUAGGAAGACUAAACCAGAACUCUAAGUUCCAUGCUACAAUUUAUAAAUUAAAACAAAACAAAACACCAACAAAGAAUAGAAAGCCUUUCAGUCUUAAGAAAAUCCUGCAUUGAGACAAAUACUGAGACUCAGUGGAAGACCAGGAUGGGAUAAACUACAGGAAAGAACAGUGCUGCCUGUAUUUCUCCUCUGGUGCAACACGUAAGACUUUUCUCAGAGGGAAAGGAGAAGUUAAAUACACGUUGACAGACAGUAUUUUGUGUUGAGUCAGUACAAGUUACAACAGCUGUCUAUUUUUAUCCUUACAGAGCAUUCACAAUGGCGUUUUCCAACAGGAGAACAUCACUGACGGCAAUGUGAUAGCCCUACUGAAAGAGAUCAGGCCAGCCUAAUUGGUAAUAUUCUCUCCUCCCUGCUGCUGAGAUGCAAAGACUGACCAAAAGUGAACCCUACAAAUUCUGGUACAGUGCAGACUUGCAUAGACACGCUGAUUGCAUUUAAUUCAGUUACACUGAAAAAAAAAAAAAAGUGUAUGAUUGCUAUGGGAAUGGGCUUGAAGAUCCUGGAAACGAUCAGAGACAAAACCAUGCUGGAAAAGAGACAAAAGAACGCUGGUGCUGUGCAAUCAAUGGUGUGCCACUACCAAGAGGUAAAAAAUACA